CAGCACAGCAUGGUGCUGCCAUCCUCGUGGACGAUGUGGAUGUCCUGGGAAGAAGAGUGGAAAGACAUGAUGGAUGUGAUUUGGGUUGUAGGAUGACUGUCCAAAGCGAUGGAGGAAGACGGUGUGAAGAUGAAGGUGUGUUGGGGAAGAGAAAAAGGAGGAGGGGUGGGAUGUGGGGUUGUUGUUUAUAUACGUAGCUCCGUCGUUCCGUUGCUCUUCCCCUUCAUCACCGCCCGCAUUGCUGCCCUACCCACCAAGCCUCGGGAUAGACGUCGGCCAAGACGCGAAGUGGCAGACUUGCCUCAUAGUGGCUGUACGGAUACCAGUCAAGUGGGGCAGAGGGGUGUCUAUCGCUUCGCCUCGCCUCGCAAGCGCACGGCAGAUAGGCAGCUGUGGGGGAGAGAGAAGCUGCAGGCUUACGUUUGGAGCUUGGUGCAGAAAUCUGAGGGCUUAAUUGUGGUUACUACCGCCACUCACAUAGUUGCUGCGGGUUGGAAUGAAUCGAGUAGGAUCGUAUUCUAGAAGGUGUCUUGUUGAUCACCGCAAGGGUAGCAAAGGACGGCGGGGAGGAAGUGGGGUGUCGGGACUGUGAUUCACCCAUUAUUGGUGCCGCCGCCCAGACUAUCGAGUAGUGACUCUCUGGACAAUGA